AUGACGUCGCACCUGGACGACGCGCCAGACAUCCCUCCGCCUCCAUAUUCUGAGACGGACAUAUAUUCCAACCCAGAUUCCCAUGGACACUCUCCAGUACUGGCUCAGUCACAGACCCUGCCUGCGCACCAUCGUACACUGUCCCACAACAAUUCCAACAGCGUUCCCGUGAUGGAUGAUGCCUCAUCAGCCGCGUCUACAAGCGAGGUGAUUUACACACCACCGCUGAGUCCCAGCAGCCCACAGUCCCAGUCCUUCACCUCAGGCAACAACAACUUGCUCAGUCCGAGACAUCCGGAACAGCAGCAGAACACUGUCUCUGUCUCGUCAGAGCAUUUGACCAGCGCAUCCGCGGAGGCUUAUUUCGAUUCAAGACCGGUACCGCUCUCGUGUGACGGUAAUGAGCAGCAGGUUAGGCAUACCAUCGUCGUCAAAGCGGAUAGCUCACCGGACGAUUUCCCCUACCGUCGUGACUGGGCCCGCCUAGACGUCAAUGAAGAGGACUGGCAGACUUUCCUCAACUACCUGCUGCCAAAUCACGCCGCGCAGCGCAACGAAGCCGUCAUCGACCGGAAGCUCCGCGCAGAGGGCAUGGACACGGACGAUGCAAAGUCUGCGCGCAGCAACAAGAGCGAGAAGAGCGCCGCGAAUACUGCUGUCGAGGAGAGGACGCCUGUUGAGGCGCAACUCGACCAGAUCCGCACGCCUGACCUGCAGCGAAGACAGAAUAUUGAGGAUACUGUGCGGGAGUGGAACGAUGGCUUCUUCGGCCCGCGUGGGAUGCUCAUUAACGUUGACGAGAGCGCAACACCAAGCGAGAAUUAUCGCGUGCCAGGCGCCUGGGACCAGUCUUUCAACAACGGCAGUCCCGACUUCGCGACUGCUGGAACUCCGCCCGUCGACCGGCGAGCAAACAACAGUGGUCCGUCCGGCCCUCCCCGUCAGCCGGACAAUACUGGCCGCUGGCGGCGAUUCAACCCUAUCAACAGGUUUGAUAACUCGUCUAGUGGCCUCAACAUCCCAGGUGUUUCUAUCGACUCUAGCGGUGUGUCUAUCGGCAGGAACUUUGUUGCCAAUCCAAAUGGCCUAAGGAUUGGCGGCGUGGUGAUGGACAACAAUGGUGUUAGAAUCGGCGGACGUGAUAUCUUAGGAGGUGGCCGCACGGCUUCGCCACAAACAGCACAGCCGACUGCACCUUUUGCACCAUUCGCACCUCAGCCGCCCAUGCCUCCUCUGCCCCCGGGAUAUUCUCACGACCAGCAAGCAUACUACGCACAGAUGCCGCCUCCGCCGCCUAGUUUCCCCACUCCGCCUCCUCCGCCCCCGCCUCCGGCUUCGGGAUUUGACACGCGAGACCACGACGAGUACCCUGAUGAGAAGGCUGAAGUUCGUACUCGAGGCCCAGGCAGACAUGGUGACCACCAUCAUGGCCAUCACCAUGGACGCGGACAUGGACGUGGACGUGGACCCGGGCGCUUCAGCAACGGAGUUUCACACCGUCACCGAUCGCGGUCCAGUUCGUCGUCGUCAUCAGACAGCAGUAGCAGCUCUUCAUCGUCGUCUGGGUCCGACUCCGAUACGCUAUCGAUCGGAUCGCUUCCCGACUAUGACGACCUCAAGGACAGCCAGAUCCCGGUCGCGAAGACCUACCUGGAGGAAUGGCUCUCGCGGCCCGAGAACUUCGUCACCCGCGAGACUGUCAAGGAGGCCAGGGAGGAAAUCAAGGCCGCCCGGAAGACCGCCCCGCAGGACAUCAGCGACCCCGCAGCGCGGGAAGCCAUGCGCCAGCAGGUGCGGGGCAUGAUGGGCCAGUGGAGGGUCCUCAAGAGGGAGCAAAGGAGCGCGAGGAGGCAGAGGAAGAGGGACAGGAGGGCUCGCCGCAGGGCGGAGAAGAAGGAGCGCCGGCAGGCCAGGCGCGAAAGGAAGCGUUCCAGGCGGGAGGCCAGGCGGGAGGGGAAACAGGCGAGGCGCAGCGGCCGCCGCGAUCAUGAUCAUGGCCACGGUGCUGGCCACCACUCUCAUGGCGGGCCGGGGCCCUUCGGCCAUCACGGAGGACCAGGCCCGUUCGGCCCGGGCCAUCACGGUGGGUUCAACCCAUUCGGAGGCAGAGGGGGUCCAUUCAGCCUCGGUGGACGGGACUUCCCAGGCGCGGGCUUUGGCCCCGGCGCCCGCCAGCGACGAGGCGGCGGCGGCCCUCAAGGGCCUUUCCAGACUGGGCCGCUGCCGUGUGGCGGACGGGGCGGUAGUUUCGCGGCCGGAGGGCAGGGCAACUGGGGAGACGGGCUCACACGCAGCAUGGCGGACUGGGGGCGGCGGAUGGGCGACUGGGGCCGUGAUUUCUCGGCACCGCUCCCCGGUGGGGCUGGGGCGGCGGACAACCAGCCCAGGUUCCCCGGGGCCUGGCCUGCCGAUGUGGAGGACCACCAGCAGGACAAGGAAGCCGCCGGCCGGGACGGACAGCAGGAGGUCGGGAUCCAGCUCAAGGAUAAUGACGCCGGGCCGCACGCUGCCUCGGCGGCGAUGUACAGCUCCCUCGAGGCCAAGAAGAUGGCGCUUCAGGGCAAGAGAGACGCCCUCGCGAACUUCACAGGCGAUUCCCAGGGGGAGGACAGUCAGGGCAACAAGCAGGGCGCGCCGACCCUCGUCGGCAUGCUUGCUGAGAUUGAGGAGCUCGAGAAGGCUGUGAGCAAGCUGAGCCUGGAGGCUGAUGAGCAGUUUGCGAAGGAGCUGUAUGCUCUUGAGGACUAG